UGUUGCCUGCAGUUCGCAUGCUAUGAUUAGUUUAUUUGUGCCGUGAAUAGGAUAGCCUGUGUUGGGGCGCAUUGUACAGAACGCGAUUAUUAUCGACAUCUGUCAAAUCUUCAAUUUUACGUGUUUAGUGAUAGAGAUGGUGGAUUCUUGAUUAAUUUGCUGUGCCGGUGCGAAUUUACUCGGUGUUAAGUUAAACUAAGCUUUAUAAUGUUUGGAAUUUGUGAUUCUGUGUUUUGUGUAUAGCAGGCUCGUAGCCAAAGUGGCGUUUUGUGGAUUGAGGAUCACACAGUUUACUUAUUUGGAUUAAAAAUACUCGCAAAACCCGGUCGCCAUGUUCAACUUCAUGAAGAAGUCGACCGUCCUCGCGGGCGACACGGGGGGCUGCGAGGAGCGGGACGGGGAAAAAGAGAGACGGAAAAAGGAGAAGAAAGAGAGAAAGGAGCGGGAGAAACGAGAGAGGAUAGCGGCAGGGCUGGAGGAGCCGUUGAGGCUUGAGGAGGUUCGACGAUCUCUCAAACUGCGAGGCAGACGCAAAGAAAAAGAGAAACUCCCCUCCGGCAUCACAGCUGACUACACCGCUUCAUUAUUCGCGCAUCUCGAGCAAGACUCCAAUUACUCUAACUACCCGCUAAUACCCACCUCCGGAUCCAACUCCAAUCUUAGCGACGAAAAUAACCAUCUUUCUCCUGGAUACCCCACCACGCAUGUUUGGAAUAGAAAGGAAGGCGUUCUUCAGUCAGAUAGUUCGGAGACGUCACUGAAUUCUCUAAACAAUCCCAAUAAUGCUAACAGUAGCCCGCGGCAGCCACAAGUUCUACCUCCCAUUCCACCCAGACCACCAAAGCGUGGCAUACUUAAAGGGCCCCGACUUAGCAAUACUAGUUCUAAUUCCCAAGAAAGUAACAUACCAACUGUUGACACGGUCGAUUACAUCAACGGCCAAGAUUCCAAUGUACUAGCGCGUAACACGCAGCAAAAUGAAGUAAUUUCGUAUGGAAUACCGCCGUCUAAAAGCACUUCAUCAAGCGAUGAUCUGCAGCAAGUGCAGAACUUUACUAAAAAGGUCAUUCAUAGUCCAGUUGAAAAUCAGGUUAAGAAUAAUUACAAGAAUGGUGGCAACCCAUCUAUCACCACUCAGGACAUGGAUGAGAUGCCAAAAACGAAUGGUAGCAGUUACUUAGGUGUCACAUCAACAUCUCCAAGCGCUGAUUCGUUGACUGACACAACUACUAAUUCAUCAUUCGCUACUCCGCCCUUUUCUACUUCUCCUGUGGGCGAAUCUCAGGGCUUCCAUAGAUGGUCACGAACGAGUAAUUUCGAAGAUGUUUAUCUGCCUUUACCAUCCCUAAAACCGCUGCAGCUUCCUAAACCAAGAUUGCUGACAAUCCAAAGGCAGAAAGCUCCAAGAAAUGAUUUCGGCUUCAGUCUUCGUCGCGCAGUGGUACAAGAAAGAGUUUUCAGCGGCGAUUAUAACGGCCAUGAGGAGAACGGAUUGACCAAUGGCGAUAACAAAUGCAACGGUAACAUUACUAGUGCAGUUGCUAGCAAAGUUAUACAGAAAGCUGUGAUUCUCGCAGAGCCAGGAUCCUAUCCUGGGGCCAGUGAGUCGGGCUUACUGCCUGGUGAUAGACUUCUAGAAGUCAACGGGGUUAACGUUGAAGGCAAGAGUCGCGAGGAAGUCAUAGACCUCAUCAAAAGCAGUCAAGAAUCUGUCACCAUUAAGGUGCAGCCGAUAGCCGAGCUCUCAGAGUUGUCGCGAAGAAAGGCGGUGGAUGGCGGCGGCGAUGUCGAGCUCUCGGACAGCAACGUCCGCGGUGGCACGCUCAGCCGCUCGGGCAGUCGCCGCUUCACCAGCACGCAGGCAAAAUCAGAAGAGCAAUUAGCAUGCGAGAAGGAAUGGCUGGAAGCUGGUCAUAUGUGGCUCGCACACAGGGGCGGGUUCACCGCCGUGGUGCGAGAGGGAGACGCCGAUGCUGGCCGUGCGAGAGUGAGGGUGCUGCAGACUGGGGAGGUGCUCACCGUCGACGAAGAUGACUUGGAGAAGGCCAAUCCACCCCAGAUGGAGCGUUGCGAGGACAUAGCCUCACUCCGCUGCUUGAACGAGUGCGGCGCGCUGAACGUUUUACGAUCGCGACAUGCCGCCGGGCUGCCUCAUGCCCGCGCCGGCCACGCGCUUCUCGUCCUCGGACCGCCUAAACGCAGCUCCCCCAUCUAUACUGAGAAGGUAGCAGCGAUGUUCCGCGGGUGCCGCGCCGACGACAUGCCGCCGCACAUAUUCGCGGCCGCGCAGUCCGCGCACCGCUGCAUGCUGGCUUCGCGACGUGACCGCGCCAUUGUCUUCACGGGGAGAUCCGGUUCAGGAAAGACAUUAGCCAUGCGGCAUUGUAUCUGGUACCUGGCAAGUGCCUACCCGGCGCAGGGUUCCAAGCUCACGCCGGAGCGGCUGAGCGCUGCGAUGGAUGUAUUGCAUAUGUUUGGGUCGUGUCGCACGGGCUCCAACCCUCACGCGUCGCGCGUGGUGUCCCUGGUGUCGCUGGACUUCGAGGGUGGCGGCGCGCUGGUGUCGGCCUCCGUGCAGACCCUGCUGCCCGACCUUCGGCCAGGGCGGUCCCGGCUCACCGCGUUGCAUACACUGUUCCACGGCUGUGACGGGCGCCUCCGCCGCGAGCUACUCUUCGACCAAGCGCCCGUCAACGCUCCCAACCCCUUCCUCACGUCGAGCGAGAAAGCCGACGCCCCUAGUGACUUCUCGGCUCUAAAGGAAGCCUUCCAGUUACUAGGAGUUACUGAGCAGGAGCAGAUGGCUGUGUGGAAGAUAUUGGCUGCUAUCUGUCAUCUGGGAUGGGCUGGUGUUGUUAAAGCGAACUCCGGAUCCGGCAUGAAGUACCAGUUCAGCAACGCGGGCCUGGCGGCGCGCGCGCUCGGCGUGGCGGCGGAGGAGCUCGCCCGCGCCGUGUUCGCGGCCGCCGGCCCGGCCUCCCCGCAGCCCAACAACAACCUCAGGACUCCUUCACCAUCAACCGAGAGAGAGAUUUCUGGCACUGAAGCCCUCGACGCCUUCGUCACUGGCCUAUACAAUGAGACCUUCAACAUCAUUGCUGCUCUGGUCAACAGGAGCAUCUCAACUUCAGCGCGAACGUCAGCAUCUCUAUUGCUCUUGGACGCACCAGGCGCUGAUAACCCCAUGUCUUCGGGGCACCAGAGUGGUGCUCCACUCUCCAAAUUGCUUUCCAAUUAUCUACAGGAACGUUUGCAAGCGGUCUUCCACGAUGCCAUGCUGGUGGCGCCACGAGAGCGCUACGCACAAGAAGGCAUCACGCUAGACGACGGGGCUGAAGAAGAUUGGCUGUCAGAGACAGUGAACCCGGGACCGAUGGUGGAACUACUCGACAAGUCUCCGCAGAACUCCAUCGUUCGCAGCUCGCAAGCCGACCUGCGCGAGUGUGAUCGACGUGGUCUUUUAUGGCUUUUGGAUGAAGAAUCUAUGUAUCCUGGCUCAUCCGAUGACACGUUCUUGGAGCGAGUGAUGACGCACUACGGGCCGCCGAACCAAACUCAAUAUCUUAUCAAGAAGGCGCCGCACGCACGCCAGUUCGUUUUGCAACACCUCCAGGGAACUAAUCCAGUCCUGUAUGACGUCACUGGCUGGGUGAAAGCGAGCAGGGAGAACCCAGUGACAAAGAAAGCGCUUACUUUAUUGCAGGAGAGCCAAACCGAGGAGAUCGGUCGUCUGUCAGGCUGGGCGCGCGGGCUGUGCGGCGGCGGCGCGGGGCUGUGCGCGUGGGGCGCGGCGGCCGGCGACACCGCCACGCUGCGCCGCGCCUCCUCCAUCCGCCGCACGCUCACCGCAGGCACGGCGGGCAUGAAACGGCGCUCAACAGCGUUACAGGCCAAGUUCGUAGCAGACGGCAUUGUGGACACAUUGCGUCGCUGCGGCGCUGGCGGUGUGCAAUUCGUGUGCUGCCUGCUUACCGCACAGCCUAAUGACCAAACCGAUGAUGUCAAUGUGCCACUGCUGCGAUCGCAGUUCCGUGGGUUCCAGCUUCUGGACGCGGCGCGCCUCUACAAGCAAGGCUUCCCGGAACACAUGCCGCUCUCAGAAUUCGCCAGGAGGUACCGACUUCUCGCCACAUCAGAGAGCGAGUCAGAAGAAGCACCGCCGUCAUCACCCCUUUCGGACCGUCAGGUCGUAGACGAUAUGCUGCUAGCGCUGGACCUCGACGUUACCAGCUACCGACUCGGGAUAACUCAGAUUAUGUUCCGCGGCGGCGUCGUCGGCGGGCUGGACGCGCGCCGCGACGCCGCGCUCGCGCGUGUGCUGGUCCGCCUGCAGGCGCGCGCGCGCGGGCUCCUCGCGCGCCGGCGCGCGCAGCGCCUGCGCACGCAACAUACGGCCGCGCGCUGCGUGCAGCGCAACGUGCGCGCGUUCCUCGCCGUGCGCGACUGGCCCUGGUGGAGGCUGCUUGUACGGGUUACCCCGCUGCUGGCUGUGCACAGGACCGAGCAUCGGCUUAAGCAAGCGCAGGAGGAGCUGGAGACCCUGCGAGCUAAACUGGAUAAGGUGGAAACCGAACGCACCCAUUUCAAGAAUGAAAACGAAAGGCUCGAAACAAAGCUGUCGGAGGUGGGCGGCGAUUUGGCGGAGGAGCGCGCGGCGGCGGCGCUCGCCACCGAGCGUGCCGACGCCGAGGCCGCCGAGCGGCUGCGCAUCGAGCGCGACAACCGCGACCUGCUCGCCAACAACCAGCGGCUGCAGCAGGCAUCCGAACGUCUCGAGCUGGAGCUCCUGCACUGGCGUUCAGCUGACAACGGGGGCGCCGAGCCGUCCGACUCCGAGGGCUCGGAGGCGGACGCCGUCGCCAACGGCGACAAGUACAAGAGGAGAUACGAGCAGGCACAUAGGGAGCUGCAGCUGUUGCGGGCACAACUGCGUCGGCAACAUGAGGACGACCUCGAGCAACUUGUCACGGUUAAGAAGCAACUCGAGAAGAAGGUGCAAGAUGCGUACGAGGAAGUGGAGGAGCAGCGCGCCGUGGCCGCGCAGUGGAAGCGCAAGCUGCAGAAGCUGACCAACGACAUGGCCGACCUGAGGUCACUGCUCGACGAGCAGACCUGCCGCAACAACUUGCUCGAGAAGCGCCAGCGCAAGUUCGACGCCGAGCUGCACGGAGCUCAAGAAGAGCUGAAGAGAGAACGAGCUGCCAAAGAGCGCCUCUCGCGCGAGCGCGACCUCGCGCACGCCGACAAGUACGCGCUGGAGCAGAGCCUCUCUGAAGCUCGGCUAGAACUCGAGCUGAAAGAAGAACGCCUGACGGCGGCGCAGCGCGAGUUGGAAGAGCGAGGCGGUGGCGGGGACGAAGUAGCGGCUUUAAGGCGAACAAGGGCUGAGCUGGAACGAAGAGUUCGUGACCAAGAGGAGGAGCUAGACGACCUCGCCGGACAAAUACAGUUACUGGAAAGUUCGAAGUUGCGCCUGGAGAUGUUGCUGGAGCAGCAACGCAAAGAGGCUCGCUUGGAGGCGGCCGCACGAGAUGACGAGAUGGAGGAAACCCGUGCCAACGCGGCGAAGAAACUUAAAAUCUUGGAAUCCCAACUGGAGAGCGAGCACUCCGAGCGCAGCCUGCUGCUCCGCGAGCGGCACGAGCUGGAGCGGCGACUCGCGGCGCUCGAGGAGAGCGCCCGCGCCGAGACCGUCGAGCAGACGCAGCUGGUGCAGCGGCUCAAGAGAGACCUGAAGCGGUACCGCGCGUUGCUCCGCGACGCUCAGACCAUGCUGGAACAAAAAGAAAAGGAGGGCGGCGCCAAGACACAGAUCAGACAGCUCAAGAACCAGGUGGAGGACCUGGAGCUAGCAGUCCGCGCGGCUACGAAGGCGAAGCAGGCGGCCGAGGCAGAGGCGAGCGAGGCAACCGCCGCGCUGGAGGAGGCGAACCGCGCUCGCAACGAGGCAGCAGAACGCGCGCUUACCGCUACGAGAGAUGCGGCAACAGCACGCGCUGCGCUUGAUGAUGCGGAGGAGGAGGCGGCUGAGUUGUUAAAAAAAUACCGCGGCAGCACGAGCGCUUUAUGCGCGGCGCAGGCUGAAGCACGCGAGGCAGCCGCCAAGGCCGAGGCGGCCACCGAGGAGGCGAGGCAAGCGCGAGACAAGCUUGCCGAACUCGCACAACGCCUCGCCAGUGCCGAGGCGGGACAUUCACAUACCCAACACGAGGCCGAGCGGCGACUGCAGUUGAGGAACAAGGAGCUGGAGUCGAGUUUAGAGCUGGAAGCGACGUCACGCGCGCGGUUGGAGGGGCAGCUGGCGCGGCUGCGCGACGCGCACGAGCAGCUGGCCGGCGAGCUGGCGCAGGCGCGCGCGCGCGAGCAGCAGGCCGCCGACGACCAGCGCAAGCUGGCGAGGCAACUCAGAGAGUUAAAAGAAGAAAACUCGUUACUAAACGCGAAGCUGAGCGAGGCGGGGCGCGCCAAGUGCGUGGCCGAGGCGGCGGCGGCCGCGGCGGCCGGCGAGGCGGCGGCGGCGCGCGACGAGGCGAGGCUCGCGGCCCGCCGCGCGCACGCGCUGCAGGAGGCCAUCGCCGGCGACCUGUCCAGCCCGGGCGACGACGCGCCCUCCGACAGGUACUAUACACUAGGCUUGCUGGCCUACAUGGCGGCGCGCGACGAGGCGAGGCUCGCGGCCCGCCGCGCGCACGCGCUGCAGGAGGCCAUCGCCGGCGACCUGUCCAGCCCGGGCGACGACGCGCCCUCCGACAGGUACUAUACACUAGGCUUGCUGGCCUACAUGGCGGCGCGCGACGAGGCGAGGCUCGCGGCCCGCCGCGCGCACGCGCUGCAGGAGGCCAUCGCCGGCGACCUGUCCAGCCCGGGCGACGACGCGCCCUCCGACAGGUACUAUACACUAGGCUUGCUGGCCUACAUGGCGGCGCGCGACGAGGCGAGGCUCGCGGCCCGCCGCGCGCACGCGCUGCAGGAGGCCAUCGCCGGCGACCUGUCCAGCCCGGGCGACGACGCGCCCUCCGACAGGUACUAUACACUAGGCUUGCUGGCCUACAUGGCGGCGCGCGACGAGGCGAGGCUCGCGGCCCGCCGCGCGCACGCGCUGCAGGAGGCCAUCGCCGGCGACCUGUCCAGCCCGGGCGACGACGCGCCCUCCGACAGGUACUAUACACUAGGCUUGCUGGCCUACAUGGCGGCGCGCGACGAGGCGAGGCUCGCGGCCCGCCGCGCGCACGCGCUGCAGGAGGCCAUCGCCGGCGACCUGUCCAGCCCGGGCGACGACGCGCCCUCCGACAGGUACUAUACACUAGGCUUGCUGGCCUACAUGGCGGCGCGCGACGAGGCGAGGCUCGCGGCCCGCCGCGCGCACGCGCUGCAGGAGGCCAUCGCCGGCGACCUGUCCAGCCCGGGCGACGACGCGCCCUCCGACAGGUACUAUACACUAGGCUUGCUGGCCUACAUGGCGGCGCGCGACGAGGCGAGGCUCGCGGCCCGCCGCGCGCACGCGCUGCAGGAGGCCAUCGCCGGCGACCUGUCCAGCCCGGGCGACGACGCGCCCUCCGACAGGUACUAUACACUAGGCUUGCUGGCCUACAUGGCGGCGCGCGACGAGGCGAGGCUCGCGGCCCGCCGCGCGCACGCGCUGCAGGAGGCCAUCGCCGGCGACCUGUCCAGCCCGGGCGACGACGCGCCCUCCGACAGGUACUAUACACUAGGCUUGCUGGCCUACAUGGCGGCGCGCGACGAGGCGAGGCUCGCGGCCCGCCGCGCGCACGCGCUGCAGGAGGCCAUCGCCGGCGACCUGUCCAGCCCGGGCGACGACGCGCCCUCCGACAGGUACUAUACACUAGGCUUGCUGGCCUACAUGGCGGCGCGCGACGAGGCGAGGCUCGCGGCCCGCCGCGCGCACGCGCUGCAGGAGGCCAUCGCCGGCGACCUGUCCAGCCCGGGCGACGACGCGCCCUCCGACAGGUACUAUACACUAGGCUUGCUGGCCUACAUGGCGGCGCGCGACGAGGCGAGGCUCGCGGCCCGCCGCGCGCACGCGCUGCAGGAGGCCAUCGCCGGCGACCUGUCCAGCCCGGGCGACGACGCGCCCUCCGACAGUGACAACGACAGCUACAGCUCGGACGAGUCGAUCGGCACGUUCCUCGCGAACCACAAGCUGAGCCCGUCCGCGCCCUCCCGCAAUAGUAUGCAGCUCGACUCACAAAAGUCGGCGAGCCCGGAGGGCCGCUCGUCGCGCGCCAGCGCGGGCUCGGGCUCGGGCCGCAAGCCGCGCAGCCCCGCGCAGGAGCCGGCCGCAUAACGGCCGCCCGCCGCCGCCGGCCUGCUCGGCGCGCUGCCCGUGCUCUGCGCGGUCUUCUGCGCCCGCCCGCGGCGCACCGAACACACGGUGCUGGACUAGACACCUACACACACAAUGGUUGCAGUUGCCAAUGUUGAUACCGAUCCCACUCUGAUGAUUUAGAAGGAAUAUCCCACUCUGAAAUCAUCAUCAUCUAUUCCACCUCGAAAGUGCAAAUGGGAAAAUAAUAGGAAAGAACUUGUUUAGAUUGACGCGCGAUGCGGAGUAUGUGGAAUGGUAUACUCUGCUUCCGAGGUGGUAAGUGCUACUUUCAUAAAUUUAUUUGAAAAAGCAUUCUAUUUUGCUCUGUGGUGUAAAAUAUACGGAAUUAACCUUGUUCGGUGCCUAAAGAGCAAACCAACAAAAUACUAUCUUUAGAGCAUCAAGAGAUGAAUGUCAGUAAACGCAUUUACAAUUGCAAUUAAAUGUUAAACGUUUUUGUCUAAUAUAGUGAACAGUCACCGUGCCGUGAAAAGACAAUGAGUUUAACGUAUAUUAGUGUCGAAUUGAAUAAAGUAUUAUUAACAGUGCUUGGAAUUACAGUAUCGAUUAGACUGCUCAACUUUAUAAACUUUUUCAAAAUCUUUUAUAUGAGCUUUGAUAUAUACAAUAGCCUAAAUGAAUUAAUUGUAUUCUUAAAACGUUUUGAUAUUGAUUAGAAUCACUAUUUGUACUUGCGUGCGUGUUCUGUGCCUGAGAAGAUAAGAAAAAUGAAAAUGAAUGCAUUCCAGAAUAUUUAUUAUCUUUGUUCUUCUUGACGCGGACACGCACUUGUACGCUUUCUCUCUGUAGCCACACUGUUCUUCGACCCUAUAUGUAAUACGAGGUACAGUUUUCCAUAGAGAAUUUUGUCUAUGAUUAAUGUUGUUGAGCUGCGUGCGACCAGCCAGUAUUUAGACGAGACAUAGAGGCGAGAUCUUACAAAGUAAUGUUAGGUUCUUUGUUAUUUAGUUAGCUAACUUUUGUAAAUAACUAGAUGGCAUAAACAUUUUAUUAUUUAAUUUGUAAUAUUUGUGUGAUCAGACUGUUAUUCUAUGAUUUAUUUGUUACAAGUGAGUUGUUACUUUAUGAACAAUCAAACAUAUCUGUUAGAUAAAUAGAUUUUUUUAUUUAUCCUUUUUGACUGGUUUGUUUUACUUAUAAUUUUAAAUGAAUUAAAUCUAGUGAAUGUAUCCAUUAUAAAUCGUUAUAUAUUCCUCAUAAUAAUUAUAAUUAUUAUACUCCAUUACUUCUAAAAACUUCAUUCUAUUUAUACCUAUGUAGCUAUGUGUCUGUAACCAUGAUAUGUGUAAAGUAUGAUAUGUGAUGAAAUGUUACUACAUUCAAUAUUGGUUGUAAAGUGAAACUAUUUAAAAUAAAGUAACAGAAAUAAAUUA